AAAAAAACAAACAGGAAAUAUUAAGGGCAGCCAAUUUCUUCGACGUAGGACCUUUGCAGCGAGGACCCGAUGCCAGGUCCAGCAGAUAGAUCUCAGACUUCUCUGCCUUUCCGGUCCUGUCUCUGGUUGCCUGGUUACAGACGCUGCUGCACCCGCGCAUCUAAAAAUGUCUACAAGCGGAACUCCACCACGUUCAAAGAAGCAAGAACAUUUUCAAAAUUGCAGACGUGAGUGGGAAGAGUGGAACCCCUGGCAGUGGAUACGAGACAAACUGUUCUCUGUUGCUCAUGGAUUAGCUGAAGUAAGGCAGCAUCAGGAGACCAACAUGGAAGAACCAUGAGAACAGAGAGAACCCAACCAGCAGGUCACAGUUUAUCAUCAUCUAAUCAUCUCCUGAAGUCCAUAUGGUAAGAGACAUCAGUAUCUGGUUGUUAAUUUACCAGAGGAUGCUUAUAAUCAUGCUGAUGUGGUCUGUACUCUACAGUAUUUUAGUGACUCAAUAAAUGCCUAAGUUUAUUAUUUGUUAAUGCUUUUAUAGUUUUUAAUAAACAUUUAUUUAAUAGCCUAUAUGUAAUCAAUAAAUGGCCUUUGACUAUGUAAAGAAAAACUCAGAACUCUGAUAUGCUAACAGUACUAAAUAAAUCAAGAAAUACAUGCACACACACAUAAAUAUGUCAAUACAUUAAUUAUAUUAAGAUAAGAUUUAGAUGAAAAACAACUGUCUGCAGAGAAUUUCUUUGUACAGUAUUCUGCAUUCAGUUGUUUAUGUUUUUGCAGAAUCCAGUAUUGCUCACUGGUUGGUCAUUACAUUUUGUUAGUUUGAUUUCACUGUUUAAAAUGAUGCCACCUCUUUUCAGACAGAACCUGUGAUAAUAAAACAAUACAAAAUUUUUAGUUCCGUGUUAAUAAAGCACUUAAAGCUUUAAGUAUGGCUAAAUGCUUUUUUCAAAAUUAAAUAUAUCACUCCUUAGGUGGUAGUGGCCCCAAGUUCAGUAAAGUUGGAAAGAUAUUCACAGAUUCAGACUUCCAGCAUCAAUAACUCAUUAGAUAUAGGUUGUCAAAACAUAAACGGUGCCUCUUUCCCAUUGUUGCAAGGCAGACAAUGUGCUACAAGCCCAGUUUUAUCAAAAGUAGCUGUCUUUCAAGCUACAGGAAUAACAUUGGUGUCUAUGGAGUGAACAGGGUCCGUCUGCAAUUUGCAAAACCGCUGCAACAGUAAAGAGAGACAAAUAUUCAAUAACUUCACUCUUCUACAUUGUAGUGUCACUAAAACGAUCCUUCCAUGGUCUAAUAGUUCUGACCAACAUGCUGAUAUGAGCCUUAAAGUUUACCCAGAAUGACCUUUUUAAACCAAUGAUUGUUUGUAGGACUCUAAACUGUUCACACUAGGAUACAUCCCAUAAUGCCCAUGAUCACAGUUGGUUCUAGAGAAAAUCAACAAAAAUCAUAUUUAAUGUUUAGACUGUGAUCUGGAUGGAUGAAAUUGUUUUGUUUUGCAACAUUUUGUGAUCAUUUUAGUCUGUUUCUCUCACAUUUUGGUUGUUUUACAUCUUUUGGUGAUAAUUGUGCAUCAAAUUUAGGUUGUUUUCUGUCACAUUUUGUUCAUUUUGUGUCACAUUGGAGUUGUUUUGCAUCUUGCUGUGUUCAUUUUGCAUCACUUAAACUGCUGUUCAUACUAUGAUGCAUCUAAUAAUAUUGAUGCUCAAAGAGGGUUAUAGAGAAAAAGAACAGAAACCAGAUUUAUUCUUCAGACUGAGACACCUGGAUGGAUGUAAAACUGAUCUGGAGUCAGUUUUUAGCAGAAUUCAGAUGUGUUUUUCCACCUAAAAUGUCAUCUGUCUAUCUGCUGUACUGAUGAUAUGAUGUCAUCGAUGAUGCCAUCUGUGAUGUCAUAAGGCUCAUUUGCCUACACUGUACAUUUUGAAUGUCUUUAUUAUGAUGUCAUCUGUGAUGUCAUCUGUGAUGUCAUAAGUGAUUAGAAAAGGCUAUAAAUUCAGGUCAGAAAAUUCAGGAUUCCACACUCCUUCGUGACGACGCCGAACCAUGGACCGAGAACCAACCAGAAGAACCGUGCAGAACCGUGUACCGAAAACCGAAAACAUGUCGGGAAAUGAACAGCAAUUAGGACCUGAAUGGGAAGACAUGAUGGAGACCAUUGUUGACUUUGAUAAUGAGAUGGAAGCGCUGAUGGAAAGUAUUGUUCCAUUAGACACAAGCAGCGACCAAUCUGAACCGACCACAGUGGACCAGUGUGAACUGCAGACAGAACAAACUGUCUGUCUGUCCAAAGAAGAUGUUCUGCCAAUCAUAAAACUGUCUUUGAGCAGAAUCUCGGAACCGCAGUGGAACUUGUUGGCUGCAGGUACUACCGACUGUGCGACGGUUAGAGUUCUGAGUGAUGUGAUAUCCAACAUCACUCAGGCUCUUGGUGCAGAAGUCGUCAGACGGGUAGUCCGUGACAUUCCUGAGCUCAAAGCAGCAUCAGCGGCUGGCAGACAGAAUGUUAAGCUUUCUCUGGGAGACUCCAUCUCUGCCAGUGUUGCAGAGUCUCUCAGCCUCCCAGAGAGAAAAUUGAAGAGCAUGAAACAGUUGACAGAACUUAUUGAGAUGGAAGUUUCAGAGCAGGUGAACUCUGCUGUGUCUCUGGCCAUCAGCAGUUCUGUUUUACCAUCACAACUGGCCACUAAUAUCAGCGGCUCCGAGUCCAGCAUCAGAAACCUGAAUCAGUUGGUGCUUCAAGCGGCUGCAUGUCUGAAAAAAUAUGCAAAGAAGCUGUGCGCACACUGCUCAGUGGGAAACCUGCUGCUCUGUUCAGGGGAACCAAAGGAGGCUCACACUGAGGAGGUUUCUGGAACUGUAGAGGAGGACAUCGUUGUGAGCUCAUGUAACGAAGAAAACUUCAUCACUGAGCCAGAGGUUCUUGCUGCUGGACACAAACGUUCUCCAACACCCGCCGAUCUGAGUCCUGUUCUGAGUCCCGCUGUUGCUGCAGCAGAUUCCAAAUCUGUCUGCAGUAAUGAUGAGGGUGAUGAUGAGGGUGAUGAUGAGGGUGAUGAUGAAGGUCCAGCUGAAGUGUCUACACCGGUUGUAGCCCUCAGGGACUCUGAGUCUCUUUCUGAGUCUCUUUGCAGUUUGGUUUCAGUCCAUGAAGAGCCUGAGCCCCAUCAGAGCUCCUCUUCUCCAGAACCGAUGACCAAACUCAUCGCUGCUUCCGAACCUGAAGCUAAAACCGAAACCCCAGAUAUUCGUUCCAACAAGUCCCAAGAUAGCGCCGAUGCUAUCAAUGCUCUGCUAGUGAGGGUGCUGUUGAAAUCCCUUGAUAAAUCCAGAGACCCUGUGAUCACCAAGGACUUCCAGACUGUCCUGAACCGUGUGCUUGCCCUGCCGCUGGAUGAUAUCAGCGUUUCUGCCAGCAGAAUCAGCGAGACGAAUAAGAAAAUAUCCAAGUCCAUGUUGAAAGAUCUUCACAAGGAGUUUGGAUCUGCAGAAAAUCUGCUGAAGGCAGCUUUGACAGCAGAAGAUCCAUCUUUUGAUUAUGCUCUGCUGAUGAUUUUAAAAAUUAAUUUGAAAAUCAUCCCUCGGCCAGAUAGCAUGAAGUCAGCAGUUGAAAGGUUCCUCUCAGCGAUCAAGAGACGGUUCAAAAGGAACAAGCAAGAUACCAACGAUGACUCUUCAAAAUAAUGUCUUCAUCCAUCUUAAGAAAACAGCACCGAAAGCAUCUUUCCUUCAAGAUGAAUGGAUGAUCUGAUUAAUAGACUUUAAUAAUUAGAUUAACAAACUUUUAGAAUUAGAUUAACAAACUUUUAGAAUUAGAUUAACAAACUUUUAGAAUUAGAUUAACAAACUUUUAUAAUAAAACAGAGAUCAAAAAUUAAACUUCAAAUUUAAAAUAUAACUAAAACAAAUGAACUCAAAAUUCAAAAAAAAAAAUAAAAUAAUAAAAAUCAUAAUACCAGAACAUGUUUUCUAUUUGUUGACUGAGUGCAGCAGCUUUUCAUGAAUUCUUUCUUCUCACUUCAAUCCAACAACAUGAGUUUCACCUCAGAAUUUGUUUGUUCUGAGUGACUUUAACAGACUUUUCUGACAGGUGUUUUCUGUAGAAGGUUUAUCAGUGAGACUUUAGUUUCAACAUUUCAAUUCAUCACAUCAGUGAAGUAAAAGGAAAUGAAUUAACAUUGAAAAUAGGUUUAGAUUUUGGUUGCUCUGUGACUAAACUCAGGUUGAAAUAAUUAUUUUAACUCUUGCGCUUUAAUUUUAAAAAGUUACACAAAUGUCCUUCAGUAAAAAAAAACUCUGACAGAUAUUAUACAUGAAUAUUAAUUUCUAUUUUCACUGAGUAAAUGUUUGAACCAACAUCAGCUCUGGUCAUAGAAAACAAAUAUUCAUUUUCAGGAUUUUUCACCCUUAAAUUUGUUGACAUCAUGCCACUUAAAACCAAACAGCAUACGGAUUAUUUUCCAUGUGCUAAACGCUAAAUGUCAGCAGUAAUUAUUAUUAUUAUUUCUAACUUCUGCUGAAAACAACAGAUUAAUGCAGGUCUUAUUGAAUAAAGUGUGUCUGUGUCUAAACUCAGCUGCACUGAUCUGGUUCACUGAUUGUUCCGGAAGCUUCUCUCUGUGACAUCACACUGGGAGCUGUGCCACUCACGUUACCUAGCAAGAGCCAAACAAAAACAACAAGCCAGAAACCAAAGAUAGAAUAGAAUACAUAUAGUUUACUGAUGGUUAAUAGGGAAUUGAUGUGUAACAGCAGCAUGCAGAGGAGGAGUGAGGGGAGGUGGGCUGAGCUGAUGGAGGUUGGAGGAGGAGGGUGGAGGAGAUCCUGGACACAAGUCUUUUUGGGGAUACGCUGCACUACUGACCCUGGUACACUCACCCCUCUAGAAUUACACAAAGAUCUGAAGUAUAACAGUACACAUUUAUCACUAUUGGUCUUAACAAAACACACAACAAAGCAAGAUUUACCAGCAAUACACACUUCCUAUCAAAAGCACAAGAGAAUUAGAGUUCUGCCUGCACCAAGCAAAAACUCAGAACAUUCCUUUAGACAAAAUGAGAUGCCUUAGAAUAGAAUAGAAUAGAAUAGAAUAGAAUAGGUCUUUGUUGUCACUGUUACAGAAAACAAUGAAAAUCAGUUUCACACUCUCCAUAUAGCAGCAUUAAAAAUAAUGUGUAUGUCUAUGAAUUUAUAAUGUAAAAUGUUUAAGUUCAGUGAGGUGAUAAAAUAAAAUAAAAGCGGGAGUUUUCAGCAGUACAUUUUGCAUCGUUCCAACAGACAUAUUUUCUUAAUCAUCAGGCAAAGGAGGAGGAACCGCCUUCUUAAUAUUCUCCAGAACUUUCCCAGGUGUCUGCUGAUGGCCGCCUGAUUUAUUCCAGAGUUGUUUCCUGGACCUCGCUGGCAAAGAUUCUAAUUUUGUUUGUCCAUUAAUCCCUUCAUUACUUUGUAAUUUCACGUUAAAUUGAAGUCGUUUGGUCAGCUAACGGUCUGGUGUGUCCAACGGUAACUGAAAGAAAAGAGACGCUCUCCUUAGCCAGUGUAGGGUUACCACCGCCCCUUAAAAUACGGAAUCGGCCUUUAUUGGACAAUUAAUUGUUGUUCCGUAUUUUCAUAAAUGCCCCGUACACGUCUGUCACACACUCAUCAAAACUGUUUAAUGUAAAAAAAAAAAAAAAAAAAAAACAGGAAAUAUUAAGGGCAGCCAAUUUCUUCGACGUAGGACCUUUGCAGCGAGGACCCGAUGCCAGGUCCAGCAGAUAGAUCUCAGACUUCUCUGCCUUUCCGGUCCUGUCUCUGGUUGCCUGGUUACAGACGCUGCUGCACCCGCGCAUCUAAAAAUGUCUACAAGCGGAACUCCACCACGUUCAAAGAAGCAAGAACAUUUUCAAAAUUGCAGACGUGAGUGGGAAGAGUGGAACCCCUGGCAGUGGAUACGAGACAAACUGUUCUCUGUUGCUCAUGGAUUAGCUGAAGUAAGGCAGCAUCAGGAGACCAACAUGGAAGAACCAUGAGAACAGAGAGAACCCAACCAGCAGGUCACAGUUUAUCAUCAUCUAAUCAUCUCCUGAAGUCCAUAUGCUGCUGACAGAAAACUGAUGACCAGAAAAGCAACACAUUGAAAGAGUGAAAGUAGCAGUUCCUCCUGAAGGUCAGAGAUUGCAGCAUCUGAGGGCCUCUUCAAAAGAUGACAUAGUUGAUGAAGACGUUCUGGAGCGGGACCAGAAAGACCACGACCAAGCAGCCUUGAGAUCUUAGGCAGAGUCUCCUUCGGGUGGAUGUCAACGGUGUUCACAGUCAGACCAAAGAACUACAGACUCUUCACAACCUGCUCAAACUCUUGGUACAGGACCUCACCACACGGGUCAAGAAGGUUUCUGUCUCAUUUCUACUCUGAAGCUCACCUUCUCCUGCUCAAACUGCUGACAAAUGUUUCUGCUGCUCUAAAGUCUGGUCUCCAGAACUUCCUAAAAACUCUCAAAGUCUCUUCUGCUGCAGGUUGCUUUGUAGAACUGUUCCAGAAAACCUCACUAAACCACAUGGAGGGGCCUCAAGAUAGUCGUCCAAAUGAAACCAUACAAAAACCAAACUAGUACAACCCAAAUGCUAAAGUCUCCUGCAGCCUACCAGAGAACCUCUGAGAACAGAGAAUCAUGACUGGAACUCUUACCUUCUGGACAACCAACGUUGGUUCACAAACAAGAAUACAGAAUGUGUCUGACCAAAAACCUCUAAAGACUCACUACAGCCAAGAUAAAGACACAACUCAGCUGGACCAAAUCCACUAAUCACUGCACACAUUACCACCAUGUGCUACCUGUGGCUAAAGAACCACAUUUACCAAGACAACUAUCCAGUACAAAGCCCUAAAACACACCAAGAAACACAUUAAAGAUGAUUUUACUGCUGGAAGCUGCAAGCCAACGCCUAAAGAAAUAACUAAAGCAACGGAACCAAACCCAGAUCACUGGUGAAGAGAAACAGAGGAAAUGUUUGUCUGCAGCUAAAUAAAGCAGGAAGACACUGAGCUGCUCAGGUGUUCCUGAUAACACCAAGCUGCCACCUGGACAGCCAAUAGGAACACAGCUUCCUGGAAGUCCAGAGGGCUGGGUUAGUGAAGGAAAUUUAGUUUAAAGUUGAAGCAGAAAGUUAAUAAAGAAAGUUGAAAACCACCUUCUGACACCUGAAAUCUCUGAGUUUUCACACAAAGAACACCUGAACAUGUCAAACUGGUUCCAUAGUAGAACCCUCAUUGUAAAAACGUCAUAGUAUGGUAUGUUGCUCAAAAAACAUUAGUACCCGGCUGUCUAGGGUCACCGAGGAGUAACACAAAAACAGGACAAAUGCUGGUUUCCAGGGGGUUAGGAGGAUAUUUAUUUGAAAAAGGAAGUUUACAACAACACAACAUGUGAGCAGAAAAAUCACAAAGUCUGUCUUUAGUUCAGCUGAAAAUAUUAGUUUUUGUCUUUUUUAUUGACCAAACUUUUCAGGAAGUAGAUGAAGAAUAAUUAAAGCUCUCAUGUAGAAGUCCAACUUAUUUUGGAUCCUUGUGGAGAGUUUAAUCUUAGAGUUUGUAAAGGUGUUGAGUUUUUAGAGUCACAUGGAUUCUUUUGAAAUUUAAUAACCGAGUCCUGAAA